AUGGACCAUCUGUUGAGGCAAGCCGAUGAGAAUAUGAGGCACGUCCCGUACCGAAGUAUCAUCAAUUCUGUGGGAAAAGAGGAUCUUAUCGAAGUACUCUUCAAUGGUAUCUGUCCAGAAAUCAGGAAACUGGAAGGGAAGAAGAUAACCGUUAAAGAACUCGAAACCGUUCGUGAGGAGCAGCUCAGUGAUGGAGCGGGCCCGUGGCGUACCAACAGUGGCUAUCUAGAUUUUAUCCUAGACAACCGAAACGAACAAUACUGGCGCGCUUAUGUAAAUCCUCUCGACAAAUUCGUUUCUGAUGGCCCACAGGAAGAAGUUUCCAUCAAAGCUGCCAAAGGAGCCACAGUUAAGCAAGCGUUGCAAGCCGAGAUGGACCUCGACGAAGACACUGAUGUCACUCCCGACGAGAUUGUAACUGAUGACCCCAAUGGUUACCUCAAGGUGACUGAGGAGCAAUUGGAAGAAGCAGUAAAUGCUAUCAACAAAGUCCUGUCUGAUGAUCCACAAGGAGACACCACCAUCAAAGCUGCGAAAGAAGCCAAGGUCAAGCAAGUGCUGCAAGUAGAGACGAAUCUCACUAAAGACCCAGAUGCCGUCCUUGAAAUGGACGAGGAGACUUUAGAAAAGGCUAGGGAUAUCUCCUACAGUGUUCUAUUUCAGAGUCUCUCUCAAAAGCGUUCUCCUGAAGAUGCCGUACUCAUUCCAAGAUACAAAACAAGGAUGGAACUACUCAACAGCGGCCGCUUUUAUAAGGGCUGCAAAAGACCAGGGGAUACGGUUACUGCUGAGUUGCCCAUGUAUGUUAUUGCAGCUAUUAAAGUUCCGCCUGAUCAGCUGGAUGCAAAACACAAUCUGCGAGUUCGGGCGGAGCUCAAGCCGCCCGGUGAAAGACACCCCAAUCGCUGGGCCACACAGGCUCGAGAUAGUGAUCCAGGUGCCCGUCUCGGCAUCACUGUGACUAGAGAAGAAGGCGAUCGGAAGAUCACAACCUACGCUACCAACAAUGGCUAUUAG